GACGAAGAAGAGCAAAAAACGACAGGUAAAGAUAAAGGUAAAGACGGUGAAGAAAGGACUGACCUCCUGUAGCAAGUUUUCAUCUGCUACUGGUGUCCACUUUGCUGCUAAGUUGUGAAUUACCUGCACAAAUACAUACAAAAAUGCCAGCAAAAAGAAUACAUAAUAUUGCUAACAUUAGAAAAGAUGAAAUGUGAGGACAUAAUGUCCAGAAGAUCCAGUACUAAGAAGACAUCCUCUGCUGCUCUCAGCACAAACACACCUCCCAGACAAACACAAAAGACUAAAGAUAAAGAAAGAACACACCACUGUUCAGAGUGUGGGAAGAGUUUUACUGUACAGAGUCAUCUCCGAAUACACCACCGCAUUCACACAGGAGAGAAACCGUAUCACUGCUCAGAGUGUGGGAAGAGUUUUAAUACACAGAAUAAUCUUCAAACACACCAGCGCAUUCACACAGGAGAGAAACCGUAUCACUGCUCAGAGUGUGGACAGCGUUUUACUGUACAAAGUCAUCUCAGAACACACCAGCGCAUUCACACAGGAGAGAAACCGUAUCACUGCUCAGAGUGUGGAAAGAGUUUUACUCAACAGAGUAAUCUCCAAACACACCAGCGCAUUCACACAGGAGAGAAACCGUAUCACUGCUCAGAGUGUGGACAGAGUUUUAGUAAGCAGAGUUCUCUCCAACGACACCAGCGCAUUCACACAGGAGAGAAACCGUAUUACUGCUCAGACUGUGGAAAGAGAUUCAGUAGACAAAGUUAUCUCCAAACACACCAGCGCAUUCACACAGGAGAGAAACCGUAUUACUGCAUCGAGUGUGGAAAGAGUUUUAAUGCACAGAGUAAUCUUCAAACACACCAGCGCAUUCACACAGGAGAGAAACCGUACCUCUGCUCAGAGUGUGGAAAGGGUUUUAAUCGACAGAGUAAUCUUCAAACACACCAGCGCAUUCACACAGGAGAGAGACCCUAUCACUGCUCAGAGUGUGGACAGAGUUUUACAAACAGUCGUUCCCUCAAGAUGCACCAGCGCAUUCAUACAGGAGAAAUUCUAAUUUAAAGAUAAACAAAUGCAUUAAGAGAGAGGAGAUUUGAGAACUGAAGAGACCUGUUCGACCUGUUACCAGCUCUGUAAGAAGGCGUCUUGAUCCAUCCAAGCCUCUUACCAGGCACACAGUGUCAAGUGAUUCAACUCAGGAAAAAUAAAAUGCAUCCACCAAUCAGCAAGCUGUUCAAGCCCAAGCAGACAAACAGAAGCUGCAGUUUCAUCUUCUGAGUAUAAAAAGAUAUAAAAAGCCACAACCAGCUCUGCAGUACUGAGGGAGAAGAAAAUGGUCCUGACUGAACCUCCAUCUGAACUUCACAGUGGUGAGUUGAACUAUGCUGUUCUUACUGAAUAACAAUCACUGAAUAAAAGAAGGAAACACAGGUUAUCCUACAGUUUUCACUGUUGAAGUUGAAUGUUCCUUAAUGGUUUAUUGUAAGUAUUUAAAGUCUAUUCCUGAAGGUUACAUGAGUUGAACAAGUAGUCUGAAGUGGUAUUUAAGUGUAUUUUAAAGAAGAAUUGCUGUACACCCUUACACUUUGGUUUAAAUAUUACAUUUUCGUUAAUAAAUCCCUGAGCAGUGUGUAGCGCUGUCGCCUCACAGUAAGAAAUGCCUGGGUCGACCAGAGUCCUUUCUGUGCGGAGUUUCCUCCAUGUAUUGCCAGUUAAUUGCCCUAGGUGUGAGUGCAUGAAUGUUUACCCUGUUAUGGACUGCUGACCUGGGUGUUUCCUGCCUUCCCGCCCAGUGUGUGCAAUCCCCCAGACCCAAGAGGAUAAGCAGAAAAAUAAAAGAAUCCUUUUACUGCACAAAGUUUCUUAAGUAGUCGUUCCAAGGCCAACUUGAGAAAGUGAGGGUGGCUUGCUGGAGUUUUUUUAAGUUGUUGGAAGAAAAAAAUAUAUCUGGGCAUUUUUUAGAUAGAUACAGUCUUGAACAAUCUGAGCAAUUAAAAAAAGAUUUAUAGAGUACAGAUUGGAACAUUGUGGAAUGUAUGAAAUUGUUAGGCAGAUGUAAAAUGACCUCAAUCAUGUCCCGAAGAGUGCUAUUAAAUAACAUUGUCAUACAUUUUCAUGACUCCACUCCUUCAGUUGUGCAAUGUCUGAUGGACAUGCCUUGUGAUGUGAAAGUCUGCCAUCUCUAGCGUCGCAAAUCCACGCAAUUAAAAAUAGUCUGGUGGAAUUCAUAAAGUACAAACUUAAGUAUUUUUCUUCUUUAUAAAAUGUCAAAACCUUUUGCGUGCUGCAAUGAUGUUGGUCCUGGAGAUCUACCACCCUGCCAUAGAGGUGUAAAAGCAACCACCUGUGGGUUCAGAGACCUGGCAGGCCAGUGCAGAGAAUAAGCAGGUCAGCAACAGGUAGCCUCCCCAGACAGUCCAACAGUCCAGUGGGUUCAGAGCGUUGGCAAGCAGGAGCAAAGAAGAAGCAGGUCAAGAUCAGGUAGCCUCCCCAGAUAAUCCAGAUAGUCCAAUGGGUUCAAAGACCAGUUAGACCAUUGCAGAGAAGAAGCAGGUCAACAACAGGUAGCCUCCCAAGACAGUACAACUGUCCAGUGGGUUCAAAGACCAGGCAGGCCAGUGCAGAGAAGAAGCAGGGCAGCAACAGGUAGCCUUCACAGAUAGUCAAACAGGCCAGUGGGUUCAAAGACCAGGCAGGCCAAGGCAGAGAAGCAGCAGGUGAGCCACAGGUAGCCUCCCCAGAAAGUCAAACAGUCCAGUGGGUUCAGAAACUUGGCAAGCUGGUGCAGAGAAGACGCAGGUCAAGAUCAGGUAGCUUCCCCAGAUAGUCCAACAGUCCAGUGAGUUACUGUAAAGUGGAAAUGCCAUUAAGCAUCAACAGCUCAGUGGUGGAGCAGCGGACAAAACAAGCUUAUAGAAGGAGAACGCCAAGCAAUAAAGCAUGUACUGUGAGAACAUAGGAAGUUAUAGCAACAAAAUUGGGACCAUCUCCAUAUAAUACUAAAAUUAAUGGUGUUAGCAUGAGAUCUUCAGAUUCAGAACCACUUUAUUUCACCAAGUAUGUUUACCAUACACAGAAUUAGUCUUGGUGAGUGCACACGUGUGUGACAUGUAACAUACUAAACAGACCAGACAAGCAUGCAGACUGUUAAUAAAUAAAUAAAAUAAAAUACAAUAAAUAGAUUAAAGAAUAAUAAAGAGCCAUGGAGAGGGCCUAAAGUGAUAAGAAAAUAUCUAUAAAUAUGCAUAAAUCAAUGUAUGUACAUAUGGAAGUCUAAAUAGACAUAUACUAUAAAAAAAUUAUAUACAAAAUAUUACAGAAUUAUAUCAACAUUAGCAAAAACAACAUCUGUACAGUUGUUCUUCCAACAGUCCAAAGUCAUGAAGUCAUGCUAAAUUGCUCCUAGGUGUGAGUGUGUGUGUGACUGUAUAUGUCAGUCUGUCUGCCCUGCGAUGGACUGGCGACCUGUCCAGGGUGUUUCCUGCCUUCCGCCCAAUCCCAGUGACUGCUGGAAUAGGUCUCAGCACCCCCCGCAACCCAGAAGGAUAAGC